CUUGAUAAGACACAGAUAAUAUAAAAUUUCACUCAAUAAGUUAGAAAAUAACAACUCGCGACGAUUAUCGGAGCGAUUUAAACGCGUUUAGUGAACGCUUCAUGAAAUAUUUAUGCACCGGUAUUUAUCUAAUGAUGUCAUAAUUAUUUUGUAGUUUUCUGAUUCGAUUUCAUUCGAGCAAAUAAAGGAUUUUUGAUUUUUAAGUUUAAUAUAAGAUUUCUGGUUUAAAAAUUUGGUUGUUUUUACGCAAGAAACGAAUAUGAAUCGUUUCGUGGUCGUACUAAGUUGUGUACUUUUGGCAAGCAUCGUAAGUUCGCAUAGUCUUAAAAAGAAGGAUGAUAAAUCCGGAACGGAAAAUGCUUCGAAAAAGGUAGUGUGUUAUGACUUGUUGUUAUCAGUGGAUAAUAUAUAUGUAUUGUACGAUUGUUGUAUUGUAUGUAUAUUGCUCUGUCCUAUAUAUUAUCUUUGAUCUAAAAAACAAUAAAUUAAGGGUAGAUUUCUUGUGGUAUUAUGAACUCAGCAGGUGUAUAAUCAAGAAGAUUUCAGGCAAUCCCAAAGCGAAUCAAAGAAUGCGUAGAUAUAAAUCUCAGUUAAAAUAUAUCAUAUAAUAUAAACACUGUACAGUUGAUAUAAUAUAAAAAGAGUUUACUCUAUGAUAUAUAUUCAUUAAUCUCCAUAAUGAUGUUUAAUAAAUGUAGAAAUUGUAAACUGUUAUCUGUGCUAAACAAAGCAAAGGACAGAUAGAAAAUGAACCGUGGUAUUCCUUCCCAAUUAUUAUAACGCGCGCGUGCCUUAUGCGUCUUAACUGAAUUUGUUUGAAUUGCGUCUCUAUCGCGUUGUAACUGUAAUUCAAUUGCGUUUCAAAGUUGUCCAGAAUGGAUUUUAAAUUAAUGCUUUUUAAUAAACAGAAUGCCUUCUAAAAUGGGUCAUUUCCAGACCAUGGCUGAGGUUUCUCAUGAAUUUGAAUGUGGAAUUCACGACUUUUUGUGUUAGAAAAUGAGAGAAACUAUCAGCUAUAUAUGAGUUCGUUAAAUCGUAUUCUAUAGCAAUUUAUCAAAGUAAUUAUACGUUAGCCUAAAUUAAUUCAACUUAAAAAUAUGCGUGAAACAGCAUCGAAACGUCGUUGUAAAAUAGAACUGAUAUCGCUAGUAUUCACUGUUUUAAAAUUAGUUUCAAAAAAGUAUUUAAUUAAUUAUAAAUUAACUUCUAUAUAAUCAAUCAAUCCCACGCAGUAAAGUCUAUUACGUAGUCAUUGUUGCAAACAUAUCUCAUUCCCUGCAGCAAAUGUUAGCUCCAGGCUAUUAUCACAUGGAAUGUCAGACUAAAGAAGAUUGUACCAAGAAAAAUCCAAAAUCUUUCUGUCACAUGUUCAUGUGCGUGGACUGCUUGAAAGAGAACGUUGCUUGUACUCAGAAUGGACAGUGUUGUGAUGGCACGGAGUGUAUUUAUGGUCGAUGUAAAAAAGGAGCGAAAAAAGAUCCAGGUAUGACUGUAUGCUUGUCUGUGUUAUUGUUUAUUGAACGACUAAGCUCAUAGAUAUCUUAUACAGCUAUUUCAAUUAAGGUUGUCCACGAGCAAAGCGCAAAAGUCAAAUACGAGCGCGAAAGGCUGCUGGGAAUCGCUAACAAAUUAAUGAAUUUUCAUAGCGAUUCCCAGCAGCCUUUCGCGCUCGUAUUCGACUUUUCCGCUUUGCUCGUGGACAACCUUAAUUGAAAUAGCUGUAUACACUAGAUAGCGCAUCUCUUUUAGUAAAAUUGAAGCCAAGAAUAUUCCAGCGGUUACCCCCAUUUGAAUAGAUGGCGGCCAUGUUGGUAGUUCCCACUCGCUAAUAAACGAUUAAAAAACAACAAUAACUUUCAUCAUUUGAAUAGUUUGAAAAUGUAUUAAUUGGAAUAGGUUUAACUUAAUGUUUAAGUUCCUUGUUUAAGAAAUAAAAACAUACGAGUCUUCUCAUUUCAUGGGAAUAUCCGAGUCUGCAAUCACGGCUUCAAUUUUUGAAUUGCAGAAUAAUUAGAUGCACUAUCUAUAGUGUAUAUAAGAUAUCUAUGACUAAGCUGCAUUUCCACACAAGAGAACUUUCCACGGACAGAAAAUCUUCCGAACAUAUCUUUGUUAAAAGUUGGCCAAUCACAUUUUACAAAUUUUUCUUUCUGCGGAAAAUUCUCCUGAGUGGAAAUGGACUUUUAGGAUAUGCAUCUUAGGAUUACGAAAUCACUGAAUGUAAAACUGAAGACGUUUUGGAAACUGUUCCAACUUUUUCAUCACAUUCCAGGAGCAUUUACAUCAAGAAAAAACACUUAA